CUAAAAUUCUUUCAAGACUGGGUAGACGAAGGCCCACCAGUGGUGUUCUGGAUCUCUGGAUUCUAUUUUACUCAGUCUUUCCUGACUGGUGUACUACAGAACUAUUCCCGACAUAACAAGAUACCUAUCGACCAGGUUCAAUUCGAGUUUACAAUCACCUCCAUGGAAGCCGAGUGUAGUACUAACCCAGAUUUUGGAGUUUAUUGUAAGGGCAGCAUGAUCAAAUUAUUAUUUAUGAAUAUUAAUUUGUUCCUGUUUGUACGCAAGCAAAAACCAAUGGAUAAACAGGGCCAGGAACACAGUUUCUUCGUUUGGGGUCUAUUCCUGGAAGGUGCAAGAUGGAAUCGUCAAACAAUGAUGCUUGACGAAUCGUAUCCUAAGAUCCUCUUUGACACCAUACCUAUAAUCUGGUUCCAACCAGCUCUGAUUGCCGAUUUCAACCCUCCACCGUGCUACUUCUGUCCUAUUUACAAGACGAGUGAACGGAAAGGUGUUUUAGCCACAACGGGACAUUCAAGCAACUUUGUUAUGUAUAUCACAUUGCUCUCUGAUAUACCCCAGAAGCAUUGGAUCAAUCGUGGUGUGGCCAGUUUGACACAACUGGAUGAUUAAUAGGAAAUUCAGAAGGGCUUAUGAGAUUUUUUGUAAAUAUCGUAAUUUAUUUCUCAUUAUAUUCCUUUUAAUAUUACAAUAAUAUUUAACAACUGUGAUAUUUUGUAUCAAGUCU